AUGAUGUUGCCUGGCUCUCAACAAUUGUUCCUCUUUUGUCUUGGUAAUCAUCUUUUCUGUCUCUCUCCCUCUACUAUCAGCAUCUUUCUCCUUACUGCUGACUUUAUCCCCUCUCUCUAUGAACUAGGUUUUUUUUUCUCUCUCUCUCUCGCUCACAUACACUUUUUUUUCAUUUCCUUCUGUCUGGAAAUGAAAACUAGUUUUACUUUCUUUAUCUCCUGGUUGCAUAAAGAAUUUUGUGGAAGAAACUUAUUCGAAAUAUCUAUCGCCUUGUUGGUCUUGUUUCUCGUUUAUAUCUUUCUUGUUGUUCAAAUACACGAAUUGGUUGGAAAUAUAACUCGCGUUGCUUUUCAUAGUGACAUUUGCUCAGAACAAUCAGAACUUCUAUCGACGUUACUUCAUCCCUUAAAAGUCGACCAACUCAGUGCGGAUCGUUUGUUGGAUGUCUUGGAUAUUAGUGGAAUCAAUUGCCCCUUUCAACACUUACCGACUGGAUGUCAGUUGACCUGUUGGGAACCUAAUCCAUACGGUCGACCGUUUUUGGAAAAAAAAGCUGAAGAAUCAGAAAGAGUAUUUCUCAAAGAGAUACUCUCGGGUCCCAUUGGAGAUCUGGACAAAAUUGAAGAUGGUAGUUUCGACAUUAUUGUAUCUCAUAUGUCACUGUGUUCAGUUCCUGAGCCUGAAGAAGUUAUCGCCGAAAUCCACCGUCUCCUUCGUCCGGGAGGCUCCUUUUAUUUUCUGGAACAUAUUGCAGACCGGAUGUGGUUCAUGAGAUUUCUUCAGCUUCUUAGUCUGCCACUUCUUUUUGUCUUGGGUGGCAAAUGUCGACCAAAUCGUCAUAUAUGGCAUCACAUAGAUGAGUCAGAAUUUACCACCCACUCGUAUGAGAGAUUUCGUGUUGGAGCCUUCUCAGUCAGGUGUCCUGUCAUUGUUGGAACAGCAACAAAGUCAGCUUAA